AUGGAAGUCGACUCAUCCGCCACAGCGAGCUCUGCUGCCGACAGGAAGCCCAGGUUCGAGGUCAAGAAGUGGAAUGCUGUUGCUCUUUGGGCCUGGGAUAUCGCCGUGGACAACUGUGCUAUCUGCAAAAGCCACAUCAUGGACCUGUGCAUGGACUGCCAGGCCAACCAAGGUGCCGAAAGCGAGAACGGGUGCACUGUGGCUUGGGGUAUUUGCAAUCACGCUUUCCAUUUUCACUGUAUCUCUAGAUGGCUCAAAACCCGCCAAGUGUGUCCACUUGACAACCGACAAUGGGAACUCCAAAAGUACGGGCGCUAG